CUCUUCCUUUGCAGUAUCCAGCGCAGCGCAAUUAAGAAUGAGGAUGGCAGCGAGAAAGGUGAAGUCGCAGGGUUUCACGUGGACUCUGUCUUUUCAACUUUUAUUGCUGCUGAUGACGACCCUGUACGUGACGAGGACGGAGGCAGCCAUACCGGCGACAACACAGGCGACAGAAGAGGUUGCGGGAAAGGAAUCUUUACCGCCGGCGGGAAAGCAGAGCAGUGCUGGACAGAUGGACGACGUUCGCAUUUUCAACGCGUUCAAAACCACGACAAGGACGACGGUCAUAUUGAAAACUUCGACGGUGCCGCUGACGUGCCUCUCCGGCUCCGUCACUGGCGUGGUGUGUUCCGGCAGGAGGCGAAGGAGGAGGAGUCAUACAGUCUUAAGGGACGUGGACGGCGAAACUGCACAUGGAGCUGCGAUGCUGGACGGGAGCGUGGCGGAAGAGUAUAACUCGGCGAAGUUCUACAGUGCUCACACCGAUACCACCACCAUCACCGCCACCACUACCACCUCGGACAAUCAGCACGAGAGGCUCUUGGGGCUACAACUCUUCACCGCCUCCGUCAUCACCACCUCCGUCACCGUCUUCUUUACCAACACGAAAACGACGCUAAGGAUAUCCUACAUUUGCUCCGCCGCAGGAUUGGUGCCCCCCGAGAGAUCGGCCACUGAGCUGGCUGUGUCGCGACUGUGGAUUGAUCGGAGCCGGAGAGCUUCAAAAUGGCUGCUGGUACCAAGCCGUCAGCGCUCUUUUGUCCUUCAUUUGCCGAGGACUCCUGUACCAUCAGCAUUGACAGCAAGAGGGCCGAGGCCGCCGCUCCUAGGAAUCCUAGCGAUACGUUCCUCAUCUGCAGCAGACAUAGGUGGGCAGCGGGACCUUCAUACAGUAUAUAAACGAGAAUAUGUUCCCAUCCUGCAGGUCAUAAUAGAAAGGGGUGCAGCUUUGAACACAAUGCGGAGAGAGUCGCUCCUCUAUGUGGUGGUGCUCAUGUGGGCGGCGGUGGUGGUGACGGCGGAUCGGACCCCAGCCGCUGCGAAACCUACUGGUGGGGAAGUGACAAAGCUGCCUGCAGCCAUGGAGAACGCUGGAACCAGAAUUACAAGUGCAAAGGACAUGAAUCAUAAAGAGGAAGUGAAAGGGGAGGUAAGAGCGAAGGAGGGGGAGGAGAAAAGUGACCUCGCAGAAGAGAUAAACAAAAAUCGCUUCUUCGGGAGGUACACGACCACCACUGAAAUAGCUGUGGUCAUGGUCACCUCCACCGUGUUCUUCUCCUGUCUGUCAGGCACGAGUGCGGCGCUGUGCACUGGCCGCCGCAGGAAGAAGGACCUGCUACCGCUGACAGAUUUGAAUUUUGAUCAUGACGAAAGAUACCACUUGGACAGCAGUCAGAACACGGACACGGAGGGUAUGGCGCACUCCUUGGACGAGGCCCUUGAGGCACAGGCUGAAGAGAAGGACAGGAAGGGCAAUACCAAGCUGUUCUUCGGUGUCAACGUGUGGUCUCGCGUUCGCUCCACCUCCACGGUCACGAUGCUUUACACGGACACCAACACCACCAUCAGGUUGUCCUAUUACUGCCAGGCGGGCAAUCUGCAGCUGCCGGUCAACAACUGCGGCUGAAGCUGAAGUGUGUUCAUCGGCGCCUGCAGUUAUAUCAAUCUCUUUGUCUUACUUGCCUUAAUGCCUACUACUACUACUACUACUACUACUACUACUACUACUACUACUACUACUACUACUACUACUUCUACUACUACUACUACUACUACUACACUGCUUCAGCUCGCUGUUCAAUUUCUUGCAGUAAAACAUCUGCAUGGCUACCGUUCCUUCAGGUGCUCGUGCCACACAUGACAAGCACUCCUGCACACUACCCCUUUAAUGCCCCACCUGCUGUCUGUAUAAUAUGUAUGUACAUGAGGAAGAGAGUCCACAUAAACUAUACGCAUAAGCUUCUUC